AUGGCAUGCCCGGACGACAGUAAAAGUAUCUCCGAUGACAGCAAGGCGGAGAUCCAGUUCCUUCUCAUCUUCGAGCUUCCCGAUCGUGGCAACAUUAACAUGGGAAAAAGGAUGGAGAUGGAACCUCGCAGGUCCCAAGCGCCCGACUGGCCCGCAAGGCGAUCCAGACCCUGCGUGUGCGAGUGGGGACAGGACUUCAGGCUCCACUCGUGGGAGGAAAACAUGGCCACUUCCAUGAUGGAAGGGCCGCUCAGCAAGUGGACGAAUGUCAUGCAGGGAUGGCAAUAUCGGUGGUUCGUCCUCGACGACAAUGCUGGACUCCUGUCGUAUUAUACUUCAAAAGAGAAGAUGAUGAGAGGGGUGCGUAGGGGAUGUGUGAGAUUGAAAGCAGCCGUUCUCGGGAUCGACGAGGAAGACGAUGCCACGUUCACCAUCACGGUGGAUGGGAAGAUGUUCCACUUCCAGGCGAGGGACCCAGACGAAAAGGAUCGAUGGGUACGGGCACUUGAAGAUACCAUACUGAGGCACGCACAGCUUAAUCGGCGGUGGGACCCACGGAAACCCAUCCCGACUCAGGAGGAUUUCGAAAAGAAAUUGGUGGAAGCUGAUGGAUACCUGCAGUUGUUGAUUUCUCAAGCACGGAAAUUUGAGGAUAAAGUUGAGGACUUAUCUGAUUCAGCUGAGCGAGAAGCUGCUGUAGUCAUCAAAGAAAGGACAUGUAAUGCAUCUUACCCUGUGAAUGGAGUCUAUACCCCCAUGCCUGGCUCCAUCCCAGACCUCACUAACUUCCCAAAUCUCUCCGACGAUGGAGACAAGAAGUCCAUGGGUGGACUGGCAGCAAUGAUGUUGGAGGAAGUGACCACGGGGAUAGAGGAAGGAGAGGAAGGAGUGGAAUGCCCAGAGUCUCUCCCACUCUCUAUCAUCUCCAUCCCUCCCACUUCGUACUCCAGCAGCGAGGAUGAAGACUUCUUUGAUGCUGAACAGUCUCCCAUUGCCAGUCAUGGCAACACCAUGUCUGUGAAAGAAGCAACAGUGUUCCCAGAAGGCACAUUGGCAUCUUCUUCCAAGGAUAAUCCUCUAGACUCCUUAGAUUAUGAUGUGGGAAGUGUGGAGCAGCAUGGAUCAGUGAUAAUGCACUUGCUUGGUCAGGUGAAGAUUGGGAUGGACUUGACCAAAGUGGUUCUCCCAACUUUCAUCCUUGAACGGAGGUCCCUUCUAGAGAUGUAUGCUGACUUUUUUGCUCAUCCAGAUUAUUUCACCAAGAUUGUGGAAUUGGAGACUCCAAAAGAUCGAUUGGUGGCUGUGCUACGUUGGUACCUGUCUGCAUUCCAUGCAGGCAGGAAAGGUGAAAUCGCCAAGAAGCCAUACAAUCCCAUUUUGGGAGAAAUUUUCAGGUGCUACUGGAACAUCCCAGGAACAGAGAAUGAGGUGAGCAAGGAAGGAGAUGUUGUUGCAGACGGGCCUUUUCCUGGAGCCACACAAAAUCAGUUGUCAUUUGUUGCUGAGCAAGUGUCACAUCAUCCUCCUGAUUCUUUUGGAAUAAGUUUUUACCACUGCUUGGCCAUCUGUCCAGUUUCAGCCAUGUAUGCAGAACAUCUGGAGAAGCGCAUAGCCUUUAAUGCUCACAUUUGGACCAAGUCUAAGUUCUUAGGGCUGUCUAUUGGGGUUCACAACAUAGGCCAGGGCUGUGUCUCACUACUAGACCAUCAGGAGGAGUACAUCAUCACAUUCCCCAAUGGAUAUGGCCGUUCCAUCCUGACAGUCCCUUGGAUUGAACUGGGAGGGAGUUGCACCAUCACCUGUGCCAAGACAGGAUAUUAUGCAAAUGUGGAAUUCCUGACCAAGCCAUUCUAUGGAGGGAAGAAGCAUCGUAUAGGAGCUGAGGCAUUCUCUCCCAAUGACAAGCGUCCGUUUCUAUCCAUCAUGGGUGAAUGGAAUGGGACCAUGAUGGCCAAAGUUCAUGCUGCCCAUAAUCACAUUGUUGCAUUGUGCCAACAGAAGCAGGAAGUCUUCUUUGACACCCAUACCACUCCACCUGUGAAGAAGACCGUGCAACCAAUUAAGAACCAAGAAGGGUAUGAAUCCCGGCGCCUGUGGAAGGAUGUGACUGCUGGCCUCAAAUUGGGCAACAUCCAGAGGGCCACAGCUGCCAAGCAAUUCCUUGAACAGCGGCAGAGGAAUGAAGCAAAACAAAGACUGGAACAGGGUAUUCAGUGGGAGACUAAGAUGUUUCACUUGGUUGGAGAGAAUUGGAUCUAUGAUCACCCUUUGCAGAAGCUGCCAAGUGACCUCAAGAUCAUGUCAACAGUUGAAGAACUUCUAGAAAGACUGAAUGCUGGAGAUGAAGAAAUCCAUUCAACUGCAGUUGAGAAACCUCUUGACCUUGAAUAUGAUCUUGGGAAUAUCUCUGCCACAGACCCAAAUCCCUUGGAUUUGAAGUCCUACAAGGAAAAUCGAGAGAAGUACCUGUUGGAGCUGGGACGAGACAACACCCAGCUUUUGGUGAACCGAUUCUUCAGUCUCCCACGUGAAGAAGUGGAUGGGGUGCGGACUGUGAAGUUGCCCGAGGGAACCACUCGGAUUCCUCGAGAGAAGCCCAUCCCCAAGCCCAAACCUCUUACCAAGUGGCAGAGAUAUGCCAAGGAGAAAGGAAUACAAAAACGCAAGAAGACCAAGCUCGUCUGGGAUGAAGAGCUCAAGCAAUGGGUGCCAAGGUUUGGAUACAAGAAGGUCAAAGCAGAGAAGACCAAGAACUGGGUGAUGGAGGUGCCAGAUGGUAAGGAUCCAAUGGAGGAUCAAUUUGCCAAGCAGGCAGAGGCCAAGCGAGAGCGCAUCGCCAAGAAUGAAGUCCAAAGACUGAGGAACAUCGCCCGAGCCACAAAGGGAAAAUCUCCCAGCCUUGGUAUCACCCCAUUACCAUCUGAAGCCUUCUCGCAAAACAGGAAACGGAUUCAUAUCCGCCCAAAGGAAGAGCUUGACAAGGCGAUUGGUGCUGCGAGUAAGGCCAAUAUUGGAAUGGGUCGAUUCACAAAGACUCUUCCAGAGGAAAAGUCUGUCAAGACUGGGAAGAAACAACAUUUUCAGCCUCUCAUGGGAAAUCUCAAGAAAGAGAAGAAAAAGAGUCUGGAGAUCUUGAAUCACAUUGUAGCAAAGAAGCCCAAGAUUGAUGAGGAGAAGGCUAUCUCUCGGCUCAAUGUCCAGGAAGAGCAGUUCUCAUCAAGAGAAGAAAAGCCAUGGAAGAAUAAGAAGGGAAAAGGUGGAAAGAUGGGGAAAGGCAAAGGCAGGAAGAUGGGGAAAGGCAAAAAGAUGGGGAAAGCAGGAAAGAUGGGGAAAGGACUUUUGAUGUCAGUGGUCAGGGCACUGUCAACGACAGAGAGCCAUGAUCAACGGGAUCAAGAAAAGACCAAGCUGGAGAAGGAGUUCAAGGAGAGUGAAACCCGACUCAAGCAGAUGAUUGCUCAUAAGUGGGAAGAUGUCUCAGCAACAAUGGAGAGCUUCAGUGGGGUGUCAAGCCGGGUGGGAGGGAGUCUAGAACAUGUGAGGGAGAUCAAAGAUGCCCUCAGGCAAUGCCGAGAACUGUUGUCAGGCAGGAAGGAGAAGUUGAAAACCCUCUGGCUUGAGGGCAUUGAGAUGCGCAACAUCAUCAUCCUCUUGGAAGAAGUAGAGAAGGUGAGAAAUGUUCCGCACGAGGUGGAGGCAUAUCUGAUGAAAAAAGAUUAUCUGGAAGCAACUAAGCGUUUGUCUUCAGCUCAGGCCAUGCUGAACAAUUCCUUGAAGGACAUUGAAGGCCUCAAAGAACUGCGACAGGAACUUCAGAGUAAACAACAGACAUUGCAGAGUGCACUGCUGGCUGACAUGAGGCAGAGGGUUUACAUCCAAGCAACAGAUGCUGUGUUUGCUCGUCGACUUGAGGAGUGUGGGAGUGUGAGGAAGAGUGGUAGGAAGGGGAAGAAAGUGCAGAACCUCUCUUUUAUGGAAACCAUCAAUCGGGCCCAGCAGCAGAAACUGAAGCAGGCUUUGGCUCAGACACAGGCUGAAACCAUCUCAGCCCUCAUUUCCAUGGUGGAAUGUUUUGGCCUCCUGGGAAACCUUCAUGAGACCAUCAAUGCAAUGACCUUGGGCUAUCAAGAGAAAAUUCCUGGUUCACUCCAGUGCCAGUGGUCCCAGGAGAGGACCUUGGCCUGGUCACACCAGCAUGACAGUAGCACUGAAUGGGUUAAGAGACUGAAGAAUUUGUCCAUGAAGGAGAGUUCUGGAUUAAUGGCACUUGACAUAAUAAUAAGGAGAAUUGGCUCAUUGUGUUGGAAGGCAAUGAAGGCGGAGAUGCAGACGGAAUUGCUGACAAUCCUCCAGAGGGCAUCACAGCAGGUCCUUGGUCAUCCUCGUCCCAAUAGGCAUCCUCUGGUGGACCUCCUUGAAACUCUGUUUGAAAUCUUCCUUCGCAUCGUGCAACUGCAUCAGGUCAUCAUCGAAGCACUUGAUUCAAUUGGCGACAGGCAGGAUGUGAAGUCUCAAUCCUACUCUCUAGAUGAUGUGUGGUCACGUAUUCAAGCAGUGACGCAGCUUCUGUUGGCAGACUACUUAGAUACCCAGAAGAUCAUAGGACACCAGAUGUUGAAGGGAAGCCCAAGUACUGCUAUCAGUGCCUCACAACCUGCUUCAUCUCAGAUUGGUGCUCCUUACCCUGACCUCAAGCUCUUCUUUGCCCGAAAGAAACCGCCUCCCCAGACAUUCUAUGGGUCCCUGUUUUCAUUUGAACACUCCACUUCGGCACUGCACAUGCUGGCGAUUCAAGAAGAGCAGAAGGCUAUGUCAUCUGGGAAGACAGCUCGCAAUGCUCAGCCUUUGCACAUUUCAAAUGGCUUGGAUCCUCACAAGACUCUGGUUUGUCACCCAUCUCCAAGGAACAUUGUUCCCUGCUUUCAAAUCCUGAUGAAUCUCAUCUCGAUCAUCAAUCAAGACACCAACCUUCCUUCUAGCAUGCCUUGCACCCUUCAUGUCUUCCUUGUGGACUACCUAAGUGACAAAUUUGUGGGAAAAACACAAUUGGAGAUAGAGGCCAGCAUUGAUGCUGCCAUCAAGAGCUCAGAUGCAUGGAAAGCAGAUGUGUCAUCAGACAUGGCCAAGUCCCUGGGACUUCAGCGCCCUAUACUAAAGAGCACAUUGGAGGUUCUGGAGGGGGUCAAGGAACUGGUCACUCUGAUGCAGAGCAUCCCUAUAUAUGCUGAGGAGUUCCUCACUAUCUUGAAGAAGACAAUCUUCACCUACAAGGAAACAUGUCACUCUGCUUACCGGGGGAUCGUCCAGCCUGAUUCAGAAGACAAGCGCAUAAUCUCAGCCACCAAAGCGAGGGAUCAGGAUAUUGCCGACUUCCUCAAGUUGGUGACGAGCUCUGAUUGUGAGGCCCAUAGGUCUCUCCCUCACUGGGCAAGCAUCAAGGAGGAAGACAAAGCAGUCAAGGUAUCUGCAAGGGAUCUUCAAGCCCAGAACCAUAAGGAAGCAGAAAUCCUAAUUGGGUAUCUGGCUGAUGCAACAAUUCCUGCACAUGAGAUUUUGUCUGAUCCUCUCCAGCUGAAGAGUCUUGCUCAGCUUAAUGAAUCCAUGGAAUGGUUUUACAAAAGUGUGAAAGAGCUGGUCUUCAAGUUGUGUCCAAAGCCCAACAAGAAACAGCAGCAGCAGCAGCAGCAGCUAUCACCAUGGCAGCACGGAGAAGCAGAGACGACAGGGAGACCCUCUCCUACGAUGAGGACGCCGAGUCCCAAGCCCUCCCCACGUAAAGACCGACAGCUGACAUCAACCCCCAAGAAGGAUCAGAGGAGAGAUGAGAGAAAAGAAGUAAUAAGGAACCAUCUAUACAAAGCUAGUGCAUCCCUCAAUAAGUCCAAUCCCGUUCAGGCUUCUGGACUUGUUGGGAGCAGUUUGAAGUCCACAGGUGGAUCGGUGGGGAUCCCCAAAGAAAUAGAGCAGUCCAUCCUGGACCUCCUGACCCCAGCAUACGACUUUCAAUACAUGGCAGACGUCUGCCUCUUCGUUCUUCACUUGGAGGUGAGAGUACACGUCUUCUACUACUUAAUGCCUUUGGCCCAGUCAGGGACGUGGGCCCCGACCUCGGACCGACAGGACGUGGACCCGGAGAUCCUCCGGCUCAACAAGGACAUCUACAGCCUCCAGGAUGCGCUCGCUCCCACGCUUCAGCAACAGAAGCUCCAGUACGUGUUUGAUGGCCUCGGUCACCUGAUGUCGAGCGUGCUCAUCAACUGCCUCAGGCACAUCCGUCGUAUCAACGAGAACGGAGUGAAGCGUAUGUGUCGCAACAUCUUCGCCCUUCAGCAGAACCUAACGUCCAUCAUGCACACGCGCGAGGUUGCUCUGGACCAAGCCAGACAGUACUACGAACUCCUUUACUAUACGCCGACGGAUAUCCUGAAUGGGAUCUUGGAGAAAGGGGCUCAGUUCUCCGAGACGGAAUAUCUGAACGUGCUGACCCUGAUCCAUCAGAGCAAGCUUCCGGGCUGCGAGGACGAAGCCCAUUUGAGGCGAUACAAGGAGCGCCUAUCGGACAUCUUGGGGGAUCUGGGAGUGACCGUCUAGCAGUGCCUUAGGCUUUCAUUGGGUGCCUUUUUGUGACCAUCGAUUGCUUCUCUCAUGCCAAUCGUCCAACCAUCCCAUCAUUUUAUUAUAUUUUGAUUAUUUAGUUUAUCAUCAAAUAAAAGCAGAGUUUUAUUGA